GAUGAAGUUCCUGGCUAUCUGCAUUUUUCUGAUCUUCGCCCUGGUGGCCGUCCAGGCCAAUGGCGAUGGUGGCGCAGAGGCCAGCGCCCAGGCAAGAGCCGAUGCUACUGCUAACAGCUACGGGGGCGGUCCUGCUUCCGCCAAUGCCCAGGCAAGUGCUGUCGCCAACGCCUCCGGCGGAGGCCGUGGCCACAGACGUGGAUAAAUCCAGAAAGGAACCUCCAUUGGACUCCUAAAUAAUAGGCACGUCUACGGACGGGCCUUUUUUGUCGAAGCGAUUUCGAUUAGAAUUAAAUGCAAGACUUGUUUUUCGGAUAUCUAAA